GAGUGUCCGGCUAUAAGCUGUAUUAUGAGCAACAUCCUGAAACAAUAUAAAAACUCCUUAUUAGAUUAACAACAUCAAUAACAAUAUGUCGUCAGACGCCUUGAACAUAUCCCGUCGAAAGCUUAACGAUGCACUAGGUGAAAAAUCUACCAAAUAUUUUAAUCACAUGAAACAGUGGUUUCGUAUGAAGCUUACGAAGGAAGAAUUUGAUACGGAAGCCCGCGCUUUAUUAAGCCCUGAUCAGGUGCGUUACCACAAUGAAUUCUUACUAGCUUUAUUGAAUAAAGUUGAAGGUCUGGCAGAAACUUCAAUAACAAUUGCACAAGAAAAAGCGAGUUCUCAUAACAGGAAUAGUAGAAGACAUAAAAGAAACUCUCGAACAUCGGAAAAAUCGAACUUCGAACCAGCUGACUUAUUGGAAUACUUACCUCCUAAUUCACCACCGGGAACUGGUAGCGAUGGAGUCAAAUAUGCAAUCCAAGAAAUAUUUUUGCCAGACCAUGCACUGGUUGUGGGCCGGUUCAUGCUAGCAGCCUGGGAACUUGGAUUAGAAGGAGCUGAUGAUGACGCAGCAGACCUUAUAGUAGUUGCUGUACAAAACUUUCUCAAAAAUAUCAUAAGCACUGUUGUUUCACAGAGGAAAGGCUACAAGUUACGCAACGAACGAUUCAUGUAUGAUAUUGGUGCGGAUAUGCCUAACAUUUGGCUAAGGAACAGUAAUAAGCUAUAUGAUCCACAAAAUGAUGGAAGAAUUAAUUUAGAUGAUAGUGUAGAUGCCUUAGGACCUAGAUGUCCCCCGACUAUAGAUGAAGUAGAACAUUCAACGGCAUUUGAAAUUGCUUGCAGUGUACAAAAUCCAGAACCAAAUGACGAGAAAUUGUCUAUUGAUGAGUUUUAUAAUACAUUACUGACGCAUAAAAAUGUCAUAGCCUGUCAUUCUGUCUAUGCAGUUAAUAUGGAAAGAUUAGCGGUUAUGUUGAAUCACCCGAGUUAUUAAAUAUAUUAUUAAUAAAAAAAAAUUAAAAAACUUUCAA